GAGAGAACCACGUGACUUCAAAGAACAUCCGCCGAUGGCAUUUUCAAGAAAUCACUAAUGUCACUGUAGCACGUUGACUGACAGUUUAAAAAUGGAUAACUUUGCGCUAAUUAACACAGCCUCGUAAUUUGCUUUAAUUUUCUAUCUAGUUUAGUGGACGUAAAUCUUCAUUGUGCGCGUGCUCUCCUGCACCUGCCAUGUCACUUUUCAAUGCGACAAGUAACUUUACUCGAAGUGAUGCUCCAGCUUUACGGUUGUUUCGAAAGAGUGAGAGCUCUGAUGAUGAUGAGAAAAGGUUGAAAAGAAGAGAAAAGAACCGAGUUGCUGCCCAGAGAAGCCGCAAAAGACAAACCCAGAGAGCUGACGAGUUGCACGAGGCGUAUGAGUGUCUGGAACAGGAGAACAGCCUGCUGAGGAAGGAAGUCCAGCUUUUGAUAGAGGAACAGCAACGCUUAACAGAUGCCCUCAAAGCCCAUGAGCCUUUGUGCCCUGUCUUGAACUGUGGUAUGACCUCAACAACAAGGUCCACAGGCACAGUGCCACAAGACAUUCACAUCUGAUGCUCAUGAUGUCGGAAUUUCCAUUUAAGGAUAAAUUAAGCUAAUUAUCUUUAAUACAAGUGAUUCGUGCAUACUAGCGGCAUGCAGUUUUUAUGCUUUUUAUUCUAAAGUAUUAACCCGUGAGUUCAGUAUCCGUUAACAUGCAGUUGAAUUAAUUAUUCAUGCUCGAACUUUCUCUUUUGCGUUUUUGACAGGUUUCGUUCAGAAUACAGAAUCUCUAGUCAUAUGUUACUUUUCCCAGGGCCAUGCCUCACGUGAAUACUUCCACUUUUGGUAUUUACUGAGAUAGAGUAAAUAACCACUAACUAAACCAUCUGUUAUACCACAGUUAGUGGACUGUGAAUGAACAACAUGCGAGAAUGGACUUCUGCUUUAUGAGAGCCUAUCCGACCAAAAUACUAAAGGUUAGUUUCAAAACUCUGUUACAGCCGCUUUGUUAUGGCUGCACUAUUACAAAUAACCACAAAUGGCAGUGUUACUAUUCUGUCUUGCUUGGUCAUGUUUUGCUGUGGGUAUGUAUUGUAAGUAGAAGAAUAAUUUUAUUUUAAUAAAAAGGAAUUACUCUGUUUAUACACUCUGUGACGCAGAUGCAGAUUAAAAUCCAGUAUUACUUCAAUUGUAAUAGUGAUACAAUUUCUAUUAAAAUGAGGUCACCAAAUCAGAAAA